UCUUCGGCGAGAACGCCUCCGCCGUUUCUUCUCCCGCCGCCCGCCGUUCGCCGUCCGCCGUCCGCAGCAGCGAGAGAGAGGAAUCCCAAGGAAGGAGGAGGCCACAAUGAUCUACCGCAACUGGUCCCUGCUCUCGUCCACCGUGGUCAUCUGCGGCAGCGUCGCCACCGCCGGCCUCGCCGGGAUCUUCCUCUUCGGCGGCAAGGAAAAGUUCCAGGGCUAUCUUUCCCGUGAAGGUGAGAGGCUGAGGCAGCAGGACAGAGCCAUGAUGGGCAAGAACUAGUGCAAAGCACAAACACAAUUUCGCCGGAAUCGACGUGCAACCAUGUGAAUUAGACAUGGAAAACUUAUCUCCCAGCACUAGAACAAAUUAUCUCCAACGAAAGCGAUCCUUGUAAUGCCUUUUUCUUUUCAUUUCCUGUAACCAAACUGCCUCUGCAAAUAAUGUCUGACGCUGAUGCUUGUGGAGAUCUCAUUUCGUUCUGCAAUGCUGUAUAAAUGAUUGGUGGUAUAUCUUUGUUUGAACUUUGAA